GGAUGUUGACGUGUUUUUUGCCCAUCUUGAGUUCGAACCCGCACAUGCCACCGAAGAAGACAUCAGCGACACCAACACUGACGUCCUUCCCAUAUGAGGUAAGUAAUGCGGCUACAUAGGGGUUCCCAGGCCUAGCCGCGCAUCCAUGAAAGCUUCUCCGUUCAGAGUUCGCUUUAAAUUGUGGGUCUUUCCUAUUCUCGCAGCUCGCCGAUCUUACUUGGGACGCGGAACAUAAUGAGAACACACAGAAGAAGUACUGUUAUUGUGGGAAGGAUAAGGCGAGAUCGUCCGUUCCUGGCGAGACCUAUGAACCCAUGUUGAGGUGUGGGACUUGUAGGCAGUUGUUCCAUUCUGAUUGCGUAGGAUGCCUUUCGAACAAGCUUCUGCAAGGAGACACCUUUUACACGUUCAAAUGCUCGGUUUGCGGAAAAGGGCGGCAGGAGUAUGAGCGACCGGCUAUGAGUUGGCUGAAUAUCACGCAUUUUGCGGUGUAUACACUCUUACGGCAAAAUCCAGCGAAGGAGUUUGUCCGGUGGAAGGAAGAGAUAUGCCUGUUCAUUGACACGCACUGGGAGUAUCUGAAACCUGGGAAGCCUCGUUCCCCAACGUGGCACAACACGGUCGCAAGUAUAUUGUCCACCUCGCAUGGGAAGGACAAGGUCUUCAAAUCGGGAACGGAGAAGUUUGGACAGCCAGGAUACUGGGGCCUGAAUGUAUUGAAACCUCCGGAAAGUGGUACUGCCAAGUCUGGGGUGAAACCCAGGGAACUCAAGAACACUCCGAAGGAGAAGGAUUCUACGCCCACCAGAGUGUCGCAACCUCAUGUUAGGAAGAAAAGGGACCGAAAGCCGAUCGAUGAUGGAGCUGUUCGCACGGGACGGUUGAAGGCGGAGCCUUUCGACGAGAGUAAAUGCACUCGCUCAGGCAUUGCAGGUCCGUCGCUCAAGCGCAAACUUUCACUCGAGGACGUAUCGGAUGCGUCGCUCACGAAGAAAGUAAAGAGCGAGCCCCUCGAUAAUGAAAAUGGUUCUGUCCCCGCGACCGCAAACACUAGUGGAAAGCAUCUGCCCGCAUCUAAGCCUAUCCUCGCACCCAGGCAAAGAAAUGACCGGCAUAAACCAGUGUCAGAAGACGAAACAGACAUUUUUGGGGACGAUGACUCGGACCUCUCCUCGCUGUCGUCCAUCGAAGACAGCGAUGAUGGUCGGGGCAACCCCUCACAUCAUGCUUCGGCUGAGAAGCAAUCUAGAAUUAGGUUUGGGGGUCUUGGCAAAGGAAAGGGAAUAAGCCGCGUGGAGGCAGAGGGGUAUGCAAACUCGUCAGACGUACGUCGGAGAUCAUACCCCUCUGUACUGUCGGCUGACGAUGAUGAGGAAGACGAGGAGCCGGAGGAUUUCACCGAUGAUUUGGACGAAGAAGACCAGGAUGACACAGAUUCGGAUACAGAUACGGAUGAAGAGCUUGCCUCGGAAACGAGGCCAUUGGCCCCAGAAGCGAAUCAUAAAGCACGCGAUACCUCUUUUCCAUCUGCGAAGCCGAAGUAUCAUACCUUUGUAACUCCCGAACAAGAAUACAAUCUCCUCCAAUUGCUUUCCGAUGCCGCAAACCCUCUCCCACCAGCGGCCGCGCGUCUUCGGCGAAAGAUCCAACUCCGGCGACACAAACGCACGGUUGGCGCCCGGUUGUUUGAUUUUGAUUCCGUCGUAUCGCGAUCCCUGCGGGACCCGCACCAUCGCAGGAAAGACUCAGAGCCAACGCACAAUGCUCCAUCUUCUGUCAGAUUGACACCGUUAAUCUACCGGGAGCCGGACGGCAUACCAUCGUUGGUUACCCUAGCCGACGGGCGCAUCGCGAAACUCAUUAUUCGUGGUAUGGACUCCAAGCUCGCUUUACAGCGAUUCCGUGCGGUCCGCCAUGUCUCUCAUACGAAAUAUGAGCACUCGUUCCUGUCCCGCAUUGAAGGCCAGCUCACUCCGAAGGUGACGGUGUCGCCAUACUCGGGAAAGCCUCUUCCAUCCUAUGUCUGGCGUAGCUACCCCGACGGUCCUGCUGCCGCCACAGCUCCGCCUCAGCAACGCAUGUUGGAGAUAAUCUCCGGCAAGUCGCGGCCCAUCGAUUACAAACAUCUCGACUCCGCCCAUCUCAGUGCGGUGAAUGACCUGCUUUCGAGGGUGUUCUGGCCUGGCAUCGACGUCGCUGAAGCGCUCACAUACCCGGAAUACACGCUGGUCGCGUUGUACGGGCGUGUGGCUAUAGGAGUAGCCGUCAUGACUCCUGAGGGAUAUCUCAGUUACCUCGCUGUUAAAAGUGGAUGGAACGGUGCCGGCAUAGCAAGGUUUAUGCUCUUCUAUCUGAUUCAAGCCGUAUCAGGAAAGGACAUUACACUCCACGUUUCCGCAAACAACAAGGCGAUGUUGCUGUAUCAACGCAUGGGUUUCAAGCCGGAGGAGUUCAUAGUUGGGUUUUACGACAAGUACCUACCACCGGAAAGUACCGCCUGCAAGAAUGCUUUUUUUGUCCGCCUAAGGAGAUGAAGCCCGUUCGACCUGGUCGGUCGCGCUUCCUUUGGUUCCCAUACAUCAUCCGUCAUAUACCCAUUUCACUGGUUGACUUAUUUAUUAUGCAUAUGCAAUCUUUAAUUCCUAUUGUAUCGGAGAGGAAACCUGUACGUAGUCCUUUAGCUUCAUUCUGUGCAUUGGAAAUAUCGGUCUGGAAGACCCAGCGGAGGAGUCGGAGCCAACGACUGGCCAACGAACGCGCUGU